CCUCGAGCCCCGGACAGGAUGUGCGACAGAAAUGGUGGAAGGAGGCUCCGGCAGUGGCUGAUCGAACAGAUCGACAGCGGGAUGUACCCCGGGCUGAUCUGGGAGAACGAAGAGAAAAACAUGUUCCGUAUCCCCUGGAAACACGCCGGGAAACAGGAUUACAACCAGGAGGUGGAUGCCUCCAUCUUCAAGGCAUGGGCUGUUUUCAAAGGGAAGUUUAAAGAAGGUGACAAAGCGGAGCCCGCCACCUGGAAGACCAGACUCCGCUGCGCUUUGAACAAGAGCCCGGACUUCGAGGAGGUGACGGACAGGUCCCAGCUGGAUAUCUCGGAGCCGUACAAAGUGUACCGCAUCGUCCCGGAGGAAGAACAGAAAUGCAAAAUUGGCCUUGCGAAUGGGAACAGCUUGAACGAAGUCGCUGACAUGGACUGCAGUCCCUCCACAAUAGUAGAUGACCUAAUGAAAGAGUCCCAGUGUGUGGAUGAAUACCUGGGAAUAAUAAAGAGAAGCCCUUCCCCACCUCAAGAAAGUUGCCGAAACCCUCCCAUACCAGACUGGUGGAUGCAGCCAUCUAAUCCCUCAGCUGUGCCCUUGAUGAAUGGGUACUCAAACUAUGAGCAGCUCCAGGUUAAUUCAGCCUACUGUCAGAUGGUGAUCAGCUUCUACUAUGGUGGGAAGCUGGUUGGCCACACCACAACCUCCUACCCCGAAGGCUGCCGGAUCUCCCUCGGCCAGCCCCCGGCUCACAGCGAGAAGGUCUGCACCGACAGCCUGGAGCACAUCCGGUUCCCUUCCGCUGACGCCAUCCCCAACGACCGCCAGAAGCAGAUCACGAGGAAGCUCUUUGGGCACUUGGAACGGGGCGUCCUCUUGCACAGCAACAAGCAGGGCAUCUUCAUCAAGAGGCUGUGCCAGGGCCGGGUCUUUUGGAGCGGGAACAACCUGCUCUUCAAGGACAGGCCCAACAAGCUGGGGAGGGACGAGGUGGUCAAGAUAUUCGACACCAACCAGUUCAUCCGAGAGCUGCAGCAGUUCUACAGCAGUCAAGGCCGCUUCCCUGACAGCAAAGUCACGCUGUGCUUUGGCGAAGAGUUCCCGGACGCAGUGCCUCUGCGCUGUAAACUCAUCCUCGUGCAGGUGGAACAGGUGUUUGUUAGGCAGCUGGUGGAAGAAGGAGGAAAAUCUUACAGCAGCAGCCCGAUGUUUCCAGUCGUGGACGAUCCGCAGCACGAGCAAAUGUUCCGGAUCUUCCAAGAUAUCUGCGGGCCGCAU